GAUUUAGUAAUACUAGUUUUGAACCCUAAAUUUUCAAUAAUCAACUCAAUUUCAGAGAAUUUUGCAUGAUCUGAAUUAGGGAUUUGCUGUACUAAAAAAUUUCAAUUAAGAAAAAUGAUGCACUUAAUAUCUAAAGGGAUGCCAAUUAUCAAGUAACAAUGUAACACCGACACAAAUUAAUUUGUUAUUUGGUUUGUUUGAUAAGAUCCAAAUUAAUUAAAGCAUAAUAUCCUAUUUUAAGAGGGACCAAGUGACCAAUGUUUCUUGUUUGAACUUUCAAAGUUUGACUGAAAAAGUAAAAUGGAAAGGGAAGCUGAAUGAUUAAAGAGACGACUUGGAAAAGUCUUUGAAAUGUUGAAAAAGACAUUUAUAAUUAUUGGAAAACUAAUUAAGUUAGUCCAUAUAAAAAAUAUCUUCACAUAUCUAGGACUAAGCAAUACUAGUCAUAUCAAAACAAUAGAACCAAUUUUAUGCAAUCAAUAAUGAUAUUCCUGGUUCUGCUGCUUCUUAUGCUGCAAUCAUCACUGCAGCUAACUGCAUCACCCUCUUCUUCGCAGGACCGUCUGCCUAUUGCAAAGCCUGGCUGCCAAGAUCAUUGCGGUGCGGUCAAGAUUCCAUAUCCAUUUGGGAUUGGUUUUAAAUGUUUUUAUAAUGAAUCCUAUGAGAUCAUUUGCAAUACUUCCUUUCAUCCCCCGAAACCAUUCUUGCCUGUUCACGAUCUCCGUUUUGAGGUUAUGAAAAUAGAUUGGGGUGGAAAUCCCACCAGUAUAUCACCAUCUGAACAUGUGCAAACACUAGUAGUGAAAAACGAUUUUCAUAAUAUCUGUAGAAGUGAUAAUGGUGGUGUUACUGACUCAGCAGUGGUCCAGCGUGUUGACCUUCGCGGCACUCCAUUUCUUUUUUCAAUACAGUUUAAUGUUUUUGUGGCUAAGGGUUGUGGUACCAGCCUUGUAUUAAAGAAUAGUAGCAAUGAAGUCGUGACUGGAUGUGCUUCAGUAUGUAGAAACAAUAUUUCUAAGAACAUGACUAGCUGGAUUGGGGUUGGAUGCUGCCAAUCUAGGCUGUCAUCUACACUAGACAACAGUUACACCAUCUAUGAUGAAAUUCAAGGCCUUGAUUAUUAUGAAAUAGAUAUGAAUCAUGAAGCACUAUUAAAUCCCCAGACUUGCAAUGUGGCUGCGGGUUUACUUUACAAAGAUGAAGUGCCUGAGUUCUCAGGGAAUUUCUCAAAUUUGACAACUGUAAUGGAAUGGAGUCGUCCAUUUACAGCAGAGGGUUCGACAUGUGGUGAUGAUGGCGUUCUCACUUGUCCGUGUGAUGAUGAACACGGCUAUGUAGGGAACCCUUAUCUUGGAUGUCAAUUGGUGAAAGAAUGUCAGAUUUGCAAACAUGGUUGUAUUACCGAUAUUACAACACGAUUGUUAGUUUGUAAGAAGCAUCCUUUGUUUAACCUGGCUUCUAUUCUUGGAUUCAGCGUCAGCAUAGGAUUAGUGAUGUUACUCCUACUUUGCUAUUGGCUUUAUAGAUUGGUAAAGAGGAUAAGAGAGGUUAGGCUUAAAGCUAAAUUCUUUAAAAGAAAUGGUGGUUUACUAUUGCAGCAGCAAAUCUCCUCAAGAAAUGGUAUUGUUGAUAAAACUAGAAUAUUUGGGUUUUGUGAGUUAGAGAAAGCGACAAACAAUUUUAGUGAAGAUAGAAUUCUUGGCCAGGGAGGGCAAGGUACAGUCUACAAAGGAAUGUUAGAGGACGGAAGAAUUGUGGCCAUUAAAAAAUCUAAGAAGGUAGACAAGAGUCAGUUGGAACAAUUUAUCAAUGAAAUGGUUAUUCUUUCUCAAGUUAAUCACCGGAGUGUGGUUAAAAUACUGGGAUGUUGUUUAGAAACAGAAGUCCCGUUGCUUGUUUAUGAGUUCAUUCCGAAUGGGACUCUUUACCAGCAUAUUCAUGAACCUAGUGAAGAUUUUCAUGUUACUUGGAGAAUGCGUUUACAAAUUGCUUUGGAAUCCGCUAAUGCUCUAUCAUACCUUCAUUCAUCUUCAUCUGCUCCAAUAUAUCAUAGGGAUGUCAAGUCCUCCAAUAUACUUUUGGAUGAAAGAUACAGGGCAAAGGUUUCUGACUUUGGAGCUUCAAGGGCCAUUACCAUUGAGGAAACUCAUGUGACCACUUGUGUUCAAGGCACAUAUGGGUAUUUGGACCCAGAGUACUUCCAGUCGAAUCAAUUUACUGAGAAAAGUGACGUGUAUAGCUUUGGAGUAGUCCUUGUUGAGCUCAUAACAGGGAAGAAACCGAUUUACCCCAACAAAUCGGGUGGGUAUAUAAGCUUGGCCACUGAGUUUCUCUUUCACAUGGAAAAUUCUUGUCUGUCUGAUAUGUUAGACACUUCCAUUUCUGAAGAAGCUUUCGAAGAGGAGCUAACUGCUGUUGCCAACCUAGCAAAGCAAUGCCUGAAUAUGAAUGGAAAACAACGGCCAACAAUGAAAGAAGUUGCAGUGUUGCUUGAUGGAAUUAGGUCACCCCAUGUGUCCAAGCCUAAAACACCAGAAUGUUUGAAGAGUGACUGUAUGUUCAUGGAGUAUAAUUCCCCUUUUAGUAGAGGCACAUUCUUUUCUGACAGCAGCCCUCGCACUUCCUUCUCUAUUGAAGCCCUACCACUCAUAAAUGGUGAUUGACUAAUUGACAGUAGAGGUAACUGUUGAAUGUGUUGAUCAUUUAAUUGCCUUAGCUUUUUUGUAAAUUUUUUGCUAUUUGAACUUUGGCUUGUAUAUUCUGUUGGAAUUCCAUAACAUGAGGAGGUUCCACUGUUCUUUUGCAAUAAGCUGUCCGAGUUUGGGACGCAACUCUUUUUCAUUUGUUUCACCUAAAUAAAAUGAAUCAUAACACAAUGAGAUUGUACUUUGUUUUGUUUCCUCAAAAAAAAAAAAAAAAAAAAAA